AUGAUUCUGCUGGAGAUCAACAACAGAAUUGUGGAGGAAACGCUUACAGUGAAGUUCAAAAAUGCAAUCGCAGGCAACAAGGCGGAAUCCAUCGAUGUGACGGUAGCGGACUUCGACGGAGUAUUAUUUCACAUUUCCAACAUAAAUGGUGACAAAACGAAAGUGCGAACGAGCAUAUCGCUAAAGUUCUACAAGCAACUGCAGGAACAUGGUGCCGAUGAGCUGCUAAAGCGCGAAUAUGGCGAUCUGCUAGUUGCGCCCGAAGACGGCUACAACGUGUCGGUGCUGGUCGAUCUGGAAAACAUUCCGGAAAAUUGGGAAGAAACGGUACGAAAGAUCGGACUGCUGAAGCGAAACUGUUUCGCGUCUGUGUUCGAGAAGUAUUUCGACUUUCAGUCGCAGGGUGAAGGGGAAGGCGAAGGACAAAAACGAGCAGUGAUCAACUAUCGGAAUGAUGAAACUAUGUAUGUUGAAGCCAAGCCGGAUCGCGUAACGGUCGUGUUUAGUACGAUAUUCCGUGACGAGGAUGACGUAGUGUUAGGUAAAGUAUUCAUGCAGGAGCUGCGUGAAGGCCGAAGAGCUUCACACACAGCGCCACAAGUAUUAUUCUCCCAUCGGGAGCCACCACUGGAGCUGGCCAAUACGGGUGCAAGAGUCGGUGAAAACAUAGGCUACGUUACGUUCGUACUAUUCCCAAGGCACACCGCGAAAGAAACGCGCGAUAAUACGAUCAAUUUAAUUCACAUGUUCCGUGAUUAUUUGCAUUAUCAUAUUAAGUGUUCGAAAGCUUACAUCCACUCCCGAAUGCGUGCAAAGACGUCGGAAUUUUUAAAGGUGCUCAACCGCGCUCGGCCGGAGCCAAAAAUUACGGAAAAGAAAACAAUAACCGGUCGAACAUUUAUCAGAAAAGAAUGA